AACUGAUUCCAUCAUCACACUGAAAGCUGCAAAGAUCUGCCUUCGGAGCAGGAAAGGCUACAGCCCAGCAUCGGCUGUCAAUAGCACCUUGUGUAACUUGUUAAAACAGGUCGAACACCAUGGCUGGUAUUUUGGUAUGGUUUUGGAACGAAAGAUUUUGGCUCCCUCAUAAUGUAACCUGGGCUGACUUAAAAAACACAGACGAGUUAACCUUCCCGCAAGCUGAGGACCUGUAUCUGGCAUGCCCUUUAGCAUUCUGCAUCUUCAUGAUCCGGCUGGUAUUUGAAAGGUUUAUUGCGAGACCAUGUGCCCUGGGUAUGAAAAUCCAAGCCAACGGACCACAGAAGGCUCAGCCCAAUGCCAUCCUGGAGAAGGUCUUCACUGCCAUCACCAAGCACCCAGAUGAGAAGAGGUUAGAAGGGCUGUCUAAGCAGCUGGACUGGAACGUGCAGACCAUUCAGCGCUGGUUCCGGCAGCGGCGCAACCAGGAGAAGCCCAGCACCCUGGCCCGCUUCUGCGAGAGCAUGUGGAGAUUCACAUUUUACCUCUACAUAUUCACCUAUGGAGUCCGCUUUCUUAAAAAGGCCCCAUGGCUGUGGAACACUAGAGAGUGCUGGUACAACUACCCGUAUCAGGCUCUCACGGUAGACCUACACUACUACUAUACUCUGCAGCUCUCCUUCUACCUGUCCCUGCUCUUCUCACAGUUUACAGACAUCAGGAGAAAGGACUUCCUGCUCAUGUUCAUGCACCACCUGGCCACCAUUGCUCUCAUCACCUUCUCCUAUGUCAACAACAUGGUGCGGGUUGGCACCCUGGUCAUGUGUCUCCACGAUGCCUCAGACGUGCUCCUGGAGGCAGCUAAAAUGGCCAAUUAUGCCAAAUGUCAGAAGCUCUGCAACCUGCUAUUUGUCAUGUUUGCUUUGGUCUUCAUGAGUUCCAGGCUCGGCAUAUUCCCUGUCUGGGUUCUGAACAGCACGCUGUUUGAGAGCUGGGAGAUUGUGGGUCCGUUCCCAUCCUGGUGGCUCUUCAACCUGCUGCUGCUGCUGCUGCAGGCGCUGCAUACCUUCUGGUCCUACCUCAUAGUGAGGAUUGCCUGCAGAGCCAUCUCCAGGGGCAAGGCUGGGAAAUGGAAUCCUUUACAUGUGUCAAAGGAUGACCGCAGCGACAUCGAGUCCAGCUCGGACGAGGAUGAAGCGGCACCACCUCCAUCCCACAAGCACCACAGCAACUCCUCGAAUGGCACCAACGGAGCCCACGGCACCAACGGGUACCUGUCGGGCACGCCCUGCCACGAAGACCACUGACCCACCCACAGUCAGACACUCAUAGGCACUGGAGCAGGAGCCCUCGGGCCCCAGCAGUGCUCCUGAUAACCUUUGCGUGUGAAUACAUGAACAACAUUGCCCGUCUGGUACUGGAAGCUCUUCAUAAAGAUAUGUGAAUGCAGUUUGUUUGUUUGUUUGUUUGUUUGUUUGCUAUGGUUUAAUUUUGUUUUGCUCUCUUCUCCUUUAUCUGCUCUCCUUUAUCUGCAUUCUUGUGCACCUGAUUAUAGCGGUGGGAUUUAAAAAAAAAAAUCAUUGCACUAUUGUUGGUAUCGCCCACUUUUUCAUUAGCCAGCGAAUGAAAGCAUUCCACUUUUAUCAUACGAAGCAUGCUGCUGUGUAGUGUGGAAUUAUGGGAAGAAGUUUAUCUUGCGUCAGUGUCUUUGUAUUUAUUUAUUUUUAUAUAUGUGUAUAUACUGUUAUUUUUUGGCGAAAAGUGGAGGAGUUUUUUUUUUUUUUGCAUCGUCUUUUAAAUCAUUUUGCUGUCAGUGUUCAAAAGUGACGCAGUCAUGAUAUCCACAGAAUCCACUGUGCUGUUCACCUGUCCAUCAAAGUGUGAACUCGUUCAGUAGAAGUUUUGUCCCUGGCUGCGCACCGUAGAAACUGGAUUGGCCUGGAAUGCCUGACCGCCCCUUUGCUAGAUCAGCCGUGUCCCUCUUAGUCGCCAUAGAAAUGAUUGUGUGUUGACACUCGACAGACCACUACAGGAUGAUAUACAAACACACAUGGUCCACCAGGAUGCUGUAAAUUAGAAAAUCAGUAACAAUGAUAUAUGUGUGUGAAGUUACUAUAACAUUAUUAUGUUAUUUGUCUACUAUCCAAUUGUAAUCAAAUGCAAAUCACUUCAUAGUGUGUCCCCUAACAACUUUUGCUGACCGAGUCUACACUGGGGCCCUAUUGUUUUGCUAUAGCCUACUGAAUUGCAUUAUUUAGUUAGUUAAAAAUCCAGUGCAGGUACUACAGAUCGUCCUAGUGGGAUAAGUAUUUAAGUCAUGCUAGCCCUGCCAUAAGAUUUAAAUGCAUCGAGUUGACAUGAGCUGAAUUGCAAUUGUAUGCUGGAGAUGCAGACAGUUCUUAUACAAGCAGUCAGUGCAUUGAGCACUUCCAUAGGAUUGUGUAUCUCAUUUUGAAAAUGAUUUGCACAGCACUUAUAUCUGGUCAUACUUCUACUUGGUUAAUACUACAUAUGGUGAGAAGAGAGAUGGUGGAAGUGAUAUCUCCUACCCAAACAGUUAUGUGAUUCAGAGUCUGUUUGCAUGAGGAUACUGAUUUAAUAAAGUAUUACAAUUCUAGUUGUUGAAUUAAAAUCUCUCUUUAGUUGAUCAUUGGGUGUAUGCAUAGAUUUGGCAAACUACAAUUUCUUCAGGCCCGGGUGCGAUGCCAGAUAAUAAUGAUGGUGUGCCUCAAUCGCAGUUUGCUUUUAGGAUGAAUUUAAUGAGGGAACAGUAAUGUCUGUUGCCUGUUUUUUUUUAUGUUAGCCAGGACAGGAUUGUUGUGAAAGCUUCAGUUAGUGCUUGUGAUUUGAAACAGAAAGGUUCUUCCACAGAUAGAUUCAGUAUUCAGUACCCCCCCCAAGCAGUUUGUCCAAUGGGAAGCUGCAAUUGAAUGCCCUCCUCUCUCUCACUCACACACACACACACACUUUAUGCACUUUUGCCAGUGCAGAUGGUUUACAAUGAUGUCAAAAAUGUUCACAGUAUUUAAGAGGGCAGGAUUUCUCUGCUUUUAUGAAAAACAGUGGAAAUAAAAAAACAAAUGUUAGAGACAAUGAAACAAUGUUGCCAUGAAUUUUGAAUAAACAUGACAAAUCCCAGCACAUUGAA